CGCACUCUCUGUCCCCCCGCUCUGUAUAAAAAGCUCCCUGUUGUUACCCACCGCAAUCUCUGGGAUCCCCCUUCACAGCAGACACAUCCUCUUGUUGCUGAGAGGCAAGUGUAAUCAUGUCUGAUGUAGAGGAAGAGUACGAGGAACAGGUAGAGGAUGAGGAACAAGAGGAGCAGGAGGCUACAUGCCAGGAAGAUGGAGAACAGCAAGAGUACACAGAGUAUCAAGAGGACAACCAGGAAGAAGAGGAGGAACGCCCACGUCCCAAGCCCAUGGUACCUCAGCUGGCACCUCCUAAAAUCCCAGAGGGAGAGAGGGUCGACUUUGACGACAUUCAUAGGAAGAGGAUGGAGAAGGAUCUGCUCGAGUUGCACACACUCAUCGAGGCCCAUUUUGAGCAGAGAAAGAAAGAAGAGGAGGAGCUGAUUGGCCUGAAAGAGCGAAUAGAGCGACGUCGCUCAGAACGGGCGGAGCAGCAGCGCGUGCGAGCAGAGAAAGAGAGAGACCGGCAAACAAGGAUCGCAGAGGAACGCCAGAGGAAGGAGGACGAAGAGGCCAAGAAGAGAGCUGACGAUGAAGCCAAGAAGAAAAAGGUGUUGUCCAACAUGGGGGCCAACUUUGGUGGAUUCCUCGCUAAGGCAGAGCAGAGGCGAGGGAAGCGUUUAACCGGGAGAGAAAUCAAAAGGAAAACUUUAGCUGAGAGACGCACUCCACUUGGCAUGGAAAACAUGCGAGAAGAUGGUCUGAGGCAGAGAGCUCAGGAGAUGUGGGACUGGAUCUAUCAGCUGGAAUCUGAGAAGUUUGACUUCAUGGAUCAGAUGAAGAAGCAGAAGUAUGAGAUUGUUGUCCUGCUCAAUAGGAUUUCACAUGCCCAGAAAUUCAAAAAGGGUCAUGGAAAAGGAAAAGUCGGGGGUCGGUGGAAAUGAACCAUUUCACUAAAAAGAAAAGAGAAAAAUCAAUGACAUAAAGAAAUAAAUGAAAACAGACAAGAAACCAAAAA